UCGGGUGAGCUGCUCUGGGGCGGCGGCGGCGUCUGGCCCGGGCACUUCGACUUGGUGAAGUAGUUUUUGAAUUUCAUAAUAAGUUUGUACAUCGUCACUGGAAUGCACUGAGACAAUUGGGGAAUUGUUAGAAGGAGUGCGGGUUUGGAAUGAAUUGCGUGAUUAGGCGGGGAAAACCGACGCCGGCCGAUGUUUCGACGCUGUAAGACGCCGACGACGCACCGAUUUAGUCGUUUGGUGCUUUUCAAGGACUUAGGUUGGGCAUUUUCGCUUUGUGGGGCACACGUGGACACGAUAUAUAUUCCAGUCAACUGAAAAUUAUGAAAACAUGGAUGUAUCCUAAAUAUUCAACUACGAUGUAACUAGUUUUAAAUGUAGAAGUUUUGGCGAAUAAAAUCAACUACAAUGGGGGCCAACCAGUCGGGAAGGAUGGAAAAAACGUUUUAUGGGGAAGAAGUGAAUUUCGACCAUUUUCAAAUUUUACGGGCGAUAGGAAAAGGAAGCUUCGGCAAGGUGUGCAUCGUGCAGAAGAAGGACUCGAAACAGAUGUUUGCGAUGAAGUACAUGAAUAAGCAUCAGUGUAUGGAGCGGGACGCCCUCAAGAACGUACUCAGAGAGGUGGAAAUUCUGACGAGAUUAGAACAUCCCUUUCUUGUCAAUAUUUGGUUUUCAUUUCAAGAUGAAGAAGAUCUCUUCAUGGUGACCGAUCUGCUGCUGGGGGGCGACCUCAGGUACCAUAUCCAGCAAGAAGUGAACUUCUCGGAGGAUGCCGUCAAACUGAUGGUGUGCGAGCUGGCCCUGGCCCUGGAUUAUCUCCAAACAAAGCAGAUAAUACACAGGGAUAUCAAGCCGGACAACAUUCUGUUGGACGAAGAAGGACAUUUCCACAUCACGGACUUUAACAUAGCCACAGUUUUGGAAGACACUCAUUUGGCGACGUCUAUGUCGGGGACUAAGCCGUACAUAGCCCCGGAAAUCUUCGACUGUGCCGUGGAUUUAUGCGUGGGAUAUUCUUAUCCCGUGGACUGGUGGUCGCUGGGCGUGGUGGCUUAUGAGAUGUUGAGGGGCCUGAGACCGUUUGAUAUUCACUCCAAUACCGGCAUACAAGAAGUGCGAAUCUUAUUCCAGAUCGGAUUAGAUUACCCGCCGAGUUGGAGCGAAGGGAUCGUUGAUUUAAUUUCAAGGUUGCUGUGUAUAAGUCCGGGCUUGCGGAUAUCCAACAUACAAGAACUCAAACAAGUUAAGUGCCUAAAGAAGUUCGACAUGGAGAGAGUGUUUCAGCGGCAAUACAAGCCCUACUUUACGCCCCCUAAAGACCAUCUGAAUUGUGACCCGACCUUCGAGCUCGAGGAAAUGAUCAUUGAGACAAAACCCCUGCACAAGAAAAAGAAGCGAUUGGCGAAACAGCGAUCGAUUAGAGAGAUUCAAGGGCCGAUGAGCAUAGAUCUGGAUGCCGACUCUCCGCUGGAGCUUCCGGGGACUAUAAUCCCCGAUUUCAAGGUUUAUAACAGGUAUCAAGAGUUGGAAAAAAGGGAGCGUGAAAGAAAGGAACAGGCGUGGGAGAGGGAACUCGAGCUGGCAAUGCGAUCCUCUGAUCCUCUCAAGGAGGAAACGGAGCCCAAGGAAAAAAUCCACAAAUGCACAGGCUGUCCCAAAUUAGAAACAAUGAUCAAUUCCAACUGCAAACUCAACUACGACGACCGUGGAAGUAACAUGAGUCAAUUAUCGUUACCCGACACGAAACAUGACGACACUCCCGUUAGCGACAUACAAAACAAACUGCAAAAUAUAGACUUCAUCGACAGGACACCAUCACCGGUAGAAAGAACCGAGGGCACUUAACUUUUUAUAA